AUGGUCGAAGCAUAUGUGGAUGAUAUGGUGGUUAAGAGCAAACAAGUGAAUGGCCAUGUCUCUGAUCUUGAGGAAGUGUUUGCCAAGUUAUGGUGGUACAACAUGAAGCUCAACCUUGCAAAGUGUGCGUUUGGGGUGACAUCUAGAAAGUUCUUGGGUUUUAUGAUCACGCACAGAGGAAUAGAGGCAAAUCUCGAUAAGAUCCAAGCCCUGAUAAGGAUGGAGGCCCCUAAAUGCAAAAGGGACAUUCAGAAGUUAAUUGGUCGCGUAGCAGCACUGAACAAGUUUGUUUCCCGGGCAGCUGAUAGGUGUUUCCCAUUUUUCAAACUACUUAGGGAAAAUCAAAGCUUUAACUGGAACGAGGAAUGCAACUUAGCUUUUCAGGAGCUCAAACAGACGUUAUCAACACCUCCAGUCCUUACCAAACUCGAACCCGGUGAAACGUUGCUAUUAUACUUGGCUGUUUCUCAGAAUGCAGUAAGCGGGGUCUUGGUGAAGGAGAAAGGAAGUGUUCAAGACAUGAUACACACUUGCAGAAUAGCUCGCCCUCGCUUUGGAAGACUGUUGAAAUGGGCAAUUGAACUUGGCAAAUUUGACAUAGAGUUCAAAGCACGACCUGCAAUCAAAGCUCAAGCUUUGGUUAACUUCAUAGCAGAGCUCACUCCGAGACACCUGGAAACACAGGGGGUCGGCGUCAUCAUCACCAGCCCAGACAAGGCUACAGAAAUACAAUGUGCGCUCAGAUUUGAAUUUGAGGCCACCAACAACGAAGCAGAGUAUGAAGCCAUUAUCAUAGCCCUGGAACUUGCAAAAAGUCUUGAGUUGGAGCAUGUUAAAUUUUUUAGUGACUCAAAGCUAGUGGUUGGGCAAAUCGAAGGGUCUUUCGAAAGGAAGGACGAAAAGAUGAGUUUAUACUGUCUAAAAGUGCAUGACCUUCAAAGGCAAUUCAUAAGUUGUGAAAUCCUGAAGGUGGCUAGGACUAAUAACGUCAAAGCUGAUGCAUUAUCCAGACUUGUCUUCAUGGGUGUGGAUGGGCUCGAUAGAACUGUACACAGCAAGAUAGUUGCAGAACCUAGCAUAGCUCAAAAGCCAAGUGUUAUGGACAUCGACCAUGAGCCCUCCUGGAUGGACCUAAUAGUUGAUUACAUAAGUAAUGACAGCCUAUCUGCAGACCCUCGGCUUGCUAGAAGCAUUUGGUAUAGAGCUACUACAUAUUGUCUAGUCGAAAGAGUCCUGUUCUGCAGAAGCUUUACACUUCCUUAUCUAAAAUGUCUCAAACACUCCGAGUCUUUGCAAGCCUUGACUGAAGUUCAUGAAGGCAUUUGUGGAAAUCACCAAGGAGCUCGAGCUCUUGCAUAUAAGUUGAUAAGGUAUGGGUACUACUGGCCAAGUUUAAAGAAAGAUGAUGUGGAUUACGUCCAGAAGUGCGAUAAGUGCCAAAAAUUUGGCAACAUCAUACAUGCUCCUACUGAGGAACUAACAUCCAUCCAUUACUCAGCUCCUUUUGAACAGUGGGGAGUUGAUAUUCUUGGGCCAUUCCCCUUGGCUUGA